AUGUACCAGACCGCGUGCAGUGCCGCGGCCGGUGGUUGCUCGGAGCCGGAGCGCCACGACCGGGACGGGUUAAUAACAAACGAAACCCCUGCUCCGGUCGAGCACGAUUACAGUGGGUUCGAUAUCGUGAAGGCAACACAGUACGGUGCGAUAGCGCGUGUGAAGGAGCUCAUCGAGGCAGGCUGGGACGUGAAUCAGCCGGACAGUGAAACGGUGACGCUGCUGCACUGGGCCGCAAUCAAUAAUCGCAAAGAUAUCAUCAAAUACUUUCUUGAUAAGGGUGCGAUUGUGGAUGCGGUCGGUGGCGAACUGAACGCCACGCCCCUGCACUGGGCCACACGCCAGGGGCAUCUGGCGGCGGUGGUGCUGCUGCUGGCGGCCGGUGCCGAUCCGAGUCUUCGCGAUGCCGAGGGUUGCUCGUGCAUUCACCUGGCGGCCCAGUUUGGCCACACGGCGCUCGUGGCGUACUUUAUUGCGCGUGGCGUUAAUCCGGAUCUGCAGGACCGCGGUGGGAUGACGGCGCUCAUGUGGUCCGCCUGGAAGAUUUCGGCCCUCGAUCCCGUCCGGCUACUGUUGACGUUCGGGGCGAACCCGAGUUUGGCGGAUCAUACGCACGGCAACACGGCGCUACACUGGGCCAUACUGGCGCGGAACGCCACGGCCAUCAGUACGCUCGUGCUGAAGGGCAAGUCGAAUCUGGAGGUACCGAACCUGCGCGGGGACACGCCACUCACCAUGCUACAGCCGCACAUCGGUUCGAUCUGGAUCGGGUCGAAGGUGUCCGACCGGAUUCGGGACCUGACGCAACAAUCGCAGCGCCGCAACUUGUUCGUGCGUCUCACCCUGGACAAACGGUUCCGCUGGUGGACCAUGAUUGCGACCCCCUUCCUCGUGUUCUACAUGGCCGGGCUGAUCUUCUGCUCCAAUGUGCAAAUCAUCAUUAAAUGCUUCCUGCUGGGCUGUCUGUACAGCGUGUCGCACACGGUCGGCCAGAAGCUGUUCGAUGAGAACCUAAUGGCCCUGCUACCGCUCAGCGUGUACAUGGCCACCAAACUGUGGUUCUACGUUACGUGGCUGACGUACAUUGCACCGACCGUGUCAUUCCUGGCGUCCGUCGCUUUCCUCGCGUGCAGCGUUGCGCUUUGGAUUUGCUUCCUAAAGUCAUGGCGCGGCAAUCCGGGUGUCAUUCAACCGACUCAGGAGCAACGGUUUCGAACAAUCAUUGAACUUUCGGAACGUGGGGCAACCGGUUUCGAACCGUCGGCGUUCUGCUCGGCCUGCUUGGUUCGUCGCCCCGUUCGAUCCAAGCACUGCUCGGUGUGUGAUCGAUGCGUGGCUCGCUUUGAUCAUCACUGUCCUUGGGUUGGCAAUUGCAUCGGAGCGAAAAAUCACAAAUACUUUAUGGGAUUCCUCUGGAUGCUGCUGCUCAUGUGCGCCUGGAUGCUUUAUGGUGGCGCAAACUUCUACGUUCAGGCAUGUUCGGUGAAUAUGGAGAAUGGUUUGUGGUCAGCGUUCGUGGCGAUCGGUUCCUGCAAUCCGUGGGUCAGCUGGGUGAUGCUGAACGCGCUGCUCCACAUGUCCUGGGUAACGGUGCUUACGAUUUGCCAGAGCUACCAGGUCGUCUGUCUGGGUAUGACGACAAACGAACGGUUAAACCGUGGCCGUUACCGACACUUCCAGGCGAAGGGUGGCAAAAGCCCGUUCAAUCGUGGUCCGAUCAACAAUCUGUUCGACUUUCUGGAGUGCGGUUGCUUCGGUGUGGUGCAACCACAGCGUACCGAUUGGAUGGAGUUCUUCGAGUUCGAUAAGCACGUCGAACACGAACCGUUGCUACGGCCGGAUAACUUUCAGUACGUCUGAGUGCCGGUCGGACAGCGGCCAACGGACGCAACAGCGGCGGAAACGACCACCGAAGAGUGCGGAGCGCGAACUGGCAGCACUGCUGCGCGGUGCAGCGAUCGAGUCGAUGCUGAAGAACGGAAGCCGCACGAAACUA